AUGACAUCAAUAUUUUAUAAAGAUGAGGUCCUGUUACGCGAGUUUAAUACAAAUUGGAAAGCUCAAUUGACAGGAAAGAUGUCGCUGUGGGUUGAUAAGUACCGUCCUAAGUCUUUAGAUGCAUUAACACAUACACCAAGGUUAACGCAUCUUCUCAAGUCGCUAUCAGUGGAACCAAGAGAUCUGCCACAUCUAUUGUUUUACGGGCCUAAUGGAGCAGGUAAAAAAACUCGAUGCAUGGCAUUGCUUCAAUCAAUCUUCGGGAGCGGAGUGUACAAGUUGAAAAUCGACGUAAGACAGUUCACUACCCCAUCAAACCGCAAGUUGGAGCUGAACGUGGUAUCGAGUCCGUACCACCUCGAAAUCACGCCUAGCGAUAUGGGCAACAACGACCGCAUUGUGAUCCAAGAACUUUUAAAGGAGGUGGCGCAAAUGGAGCAGGUUGACUUUCAAACGGCCUCUGGGGCCGAAACUGGUGGGCUGGCUCACCGGUAUAAGUGUGUAAUCAUCAACGAGGCAGACUCUCUAACGCGGGACGCACAAGCGGCGCUUAGAAGAACCAUGGAGAAGUACUCACGGAACAUCCGUUUUAUUAUGCUUUGUGAGUCAAUGUCUUCUAUGAUUGCACCUAUAAAGUCGAGAUGCCUCCUGGUUCGGACACCUGCGCCAACCACUCAAGAAACUGCGGACGCACUGGUGAAGGUCGGCGGGCAAGAGAAGGUAACUGUCGAGGAUGAGGCAAUUCUGAACACUAUCGCCGAGAGCUGUGACGGAAACCUGAGAAAAGCAUUACUAACGUUUGAGUCUAUGGCACUAAACAACGAAAUGUGCUUGAAGUCAUCGACUGCUCUCAUUAGAGCUGACUGGGUUGUAGUCAUCUUGAAAAUGGCCAACCGUAUACUCAAAGAUCGCUCUGUGUCGUCCUUAGUGGAGUGCCGAGCGACCCUCUAUGACUUGCUGGCCCAUUGUAUACCAGCGAAAGUCAUCAUACAGGAACUGGCAUUCGCGCUUCUCGACGCGAUUCAUAAUGACAACCACAAGAUAGCCGUGGUCCAGUGGGCUAGUGUGUUUGACGAGAGACUGCGUCUCGGUAACAAGCCAAUCUAUCAUUUAGAAGGUUUCAUAGCCAGAGUGAUGUGUGAAGUAGACGGAUAA